GGGAGCUGCAGCAGGUCAGUCGCAAAGAUACAUUCAUUUGGUGACGAAGAAGCUUCAGAGUCUAAACAGCAACAACAACAAAAAACAUGAACGAGAGUAAUAGUAAUAGUGAGCUUUCAAGCGCUGUGAGCAACGCGCUAUUGGCCCUUUAUAACCGCCAUAAUGUGCCGCUGGUCACGCAGCCCAUAUCGGGCGUCGGAGAGAAUGCUUGUGGCGAUAUCCUGCUCGUAAGUUGGCCAUCAGAGUCUUCGGCCAAGAGGCUGGUGGUCAAAAUGGCGCCCAAGAACGAGGCAAGACGACUGCACAUGCACGUAGCUGACUGUUAUGCCCGAGAGGUGUUCAUGUACCAGAGCGUGUUCCGCAGCUACCGCGAAUUGGCGGACGACCAAAGUACCUUUAAGGUGGCUCCUGAGCUGCUGGCAUCCGGACUGCAGGCACCCGACGAGUACCUGAUCUUCGAGGAUCUGUCCCAGAGCGGCUUUCAGACAAACCCACGCAGCUCCAUGCCCACCUACGACAUUGUUGUGGCCACGCUCAAGGCGGUGGCAGAGCUGCAUGCGUGCUCCUUUAUCCUACAGCAUCGGAAUCCGACAAAGUUCAGGGAAUUAGUGGAUCAUGUGCGGCAGGACAAUCUAUUCACUGAGAACAUUGAGACGGUGACGAUUGAGUUUGGCAAGUCGAUGUUGAGCCGCGCUCGCCUCCUGCUGGAAGAGGACAAAGUGGGGGACGACCACACAACCGCUUUGAUACAGGUACUGGAAAGCUGUGAGAGGAACCUGAAGGCCCUAACACUCUACUGUGUGGACGGCACUACGCAGUCACCUCACGCGGUCAUCUGUCACGGUGACUUCUGGAACAACAACAUUUUGUACAGGCGCGAGCCUCGCUCUAAUCUGGUGGUGGAAGCCAAGCUCAUUGAUUUCCAACUAUCUCGCUAUGCCUCGCCGGUACUUGACCUUGUCCACUACCUGUUCACCAGCACAGAGAAGCAGCUAAGGGAUGAGCACCUCCCCGAGCUUCUGGACAUUUACUACGAUACGUUGAGUGGGAAAAUUGGGUCCUGCGGCCUGAACGCGGACGAUAUCUAUCCGCGCAGCGUCUUUGACCGUCAAUUUCAGCUCUUUGGUGUAUUUGGCAUGAUAAUGGCCUCACUUUCCUUGCCCUUCUUCAUAUCCAAUGCCAACGAAGUGAUCGACAUUGAUGAAGCCACCGAGGCCAUUCAGGAUCUGUCUGAUUCGGCCACCGAUGAACCCACGUGCCGCGAGCUUGUUGAAGGGUUUGACAUGCUCAACGAGCGCACAUUGCCCAUUUUCAAGCGGCGCAUGACCGAUGUCGUUCGGGACGUGAUUAAGUACAAAAUGACGCAGCCGCUAGAUCAAUUCGAUUCGUAAUGAUGAUUUCUGUUAACAGUAUUAGGUAUUAUUGUGUGUAUAUAUAUGUAUGUAUGCAUGUCCUUAAAUAAACAAAUAUUUUAUCGUGUAUAUUAACUUGCACAUAAAGUUCUUAGAUCGAAUUAUGAAUGAUCUGUGACUAUACGCCAUAUGAGAUUCCGUCAGAUGGAGGAAUGGCUUACGGCUUAACGCUUAACAGUUACAAGUUACCAGACCCACAAUACCACAAACACACACACACACACAUACAUACAUACAUAUAUAUAUAAAUGAUUACUCUGGGUUU